CCAACACACCGGUGUGCUGAACUAAUAACGAAUUGCCAUGUUUUGUUUACGUGACAACCCCCACUAAUUUGUUGUGGCGGGUUUAACGACACUUUCACGUGUUCUCACCCAACAAAACAUCUUAUGGAGUAGCCAAUAAUUACGUCCAAUCAACUCCUCGCUCCCUACAUGUUGCUUCCACCUUGCUGUCCUAUUGGGUACGGCGAAGAGGUUCUGCAUCCUCCGCCUGGGUAGGGUUUUCCAAAUGUAUUUCAGCCUUGGUCGAUAUGAAUAUUUUCGAGACCUCUGUCAAGCCACCACUGGAUGGAGGUAUCGCCAAGCCUUGUUAGUUAUCGAUGUGGAGGGUGCUGUUCGACUAUACUUCACCACACUGGUGAGUGCAAGUUGUUGAAAGGGGCAAGCCCCCAGGACUGGUGCAGACAUCGCUCUCAACUGAUCUUUGCCUGGAGUAUAAAACCUCACCCCAUGCGUGCUGCAGCUACGUUAUCAAUUACAUAAUAAAGUAUGUUACAUAAAACAAUCAUAUUUAGGAAUUGGCAACCCCAUCACGGCUAUCGAUUCAUUGAAACGGGAACGGCAGCCUAUCACAGCGCAACGACUCGUGACUUCCCCUUUGUCAUCGGCUACUUGCAAUGCAAAAAAACAAACCCCUCGUGGUUACCAAGGCUCUCACAGUUCCCGGGUGUCCUCUCGAGCUGCCAGCAUGAUGCCAAUGAGGUUCAAGGACUCUUUCUGGUGCGCCGACUUCACGAGCACCGUGGGUUACGAUGUCCUCGUCGCCCGACUCACGGAUGGACGCAAAAUGUGCAAAGACGUGGAGGAUCUCAUCAAAAGCAGAGCAAACCUGGAGGAUCGCUACGGAAAGGAUCUGAUUAAUCUGGCUCGUAAAGCUGGAGGGAACACGGAGCUUAAUGCUCUGCGAAAGUCCUUUGACACCAUGAAACAACAGCUGGAGUGGCUGGGCUCGGCGCACAUGCAGCUGGCCUCCAGCCUGCGCGACGAGGCGCGCAAGCUGGAGGAGUUCCGCGAGAAGCAACGCGAACAGCGCAAGAAGGUGGAGUCUGCGAUGGAUAAGCUGCACAAGCAGCGGGCCACGCUGCACAAGAAGACCCUGGAUGCGAAGCGCGGCUACGAUCAGCGGUGCCGCGACGCGGACGAGGCGGAGAGCGCCACGCACAGCAAGAGCGUCGCCUGCGCAACCCCACGACAGCAGGAGAAGAUGAAGGCGAAGGGUCUUCAGAUGCGGGAGGCAGCGCUCGAGGCUGACAGGCAGUACCAGCAGCUUGUAGACAGCCUGGAGGCCUUACGGAGAGACUGGGAGAGUGAGCACGUGAACGCAUGCGAGAGCUUUGAGCAGCAGGAGUUUCAGAGGGUCAAUGUCCUGCGCAACUCCCUGUGGAUCCACACCAACCAGCUGUCCCGGCAGUGCGUGCAGGACGACGAGAUUUACGAAGGCGUGAGAAACGUCCUGGAGCAGUGUGACCUCCAGGCUGAGAUCGACUACUUUGUCCAGCUCAAGCAGACGGGCUCCGAUCGCCCGGCUCCCAUCGUGUAUGAGAACUAUUAUAUGAAGAUCAGGGAUAACAGCAUAUUGGCUCUGGACACGUGCGGUCAAGGCACCCCCAAUGCCAAACGCAGGAACUCUCCUAUUGCCAUGAACUCUCCGAAAGAAAAGCACAAGAGUGCGCUCCAUAAAGAGCACGUGGUGUACAGCUCCAUAACUGACAUAUCCGGGAGAUGCGAGCCGGAUGUCCAAGCCCACCGUGUUCUCUACACAUUCGCGGGGCAGGAACCAGGGACAUUGAGUGUGGUGGAGGGCGAUCAGGUCCUGGUGCUGAGCGGUGGCGCCGAUGCCGGGUGGGUGAUGGCGGAAAAGUGCGGCCAAAGAGGGCACGUUCCCGCUUCCUACCUGCAGGCCAUCUGACCAGGCAUUCAUCAUCAUCACGAUCCAUAGGCAGAUAGCUCCGUAGGUGUCCAUUUGUUUCCACUUUCCUUUUCGUCUUGUGGCAAUCUGCUCAAGUGGUGCACAUAUUUCUUGUUGCCGUCAAGCCAUUCUCUGUUAGGUUUUCCUCUCUUUCCGGUUCCUUCCAUUUUUCCGACGCUUUAAAAAUAUUAUUUUUAAUAUAUAUUUUAUCCAAACAACACACUUUCAGUCUUCCUGUUGUCCAUCCUACACGUGUCCAAAUAGUGGCAGUUUCCUUCUUAUCAUUGCCUGCAUCAGGUCUUCUCCUGUGCAACCUUUUUCUUACUUCUACGUUGGUCACCCUUUGGGUCCAGUUUAGAUGCAGUAUACAUCUAGAGCAAUACAUUUUGUAUUGGAUUCCUUUCGUCUUUUUUCUUCACGGCCGAAGUAUCGGCACCAUUUUGCCCAACCCUCCUCCUUUUGAUCCAGUUGUGGAACUGGCUCAGAUAUCCACUGGAUUGUAAACUCCCGAGGUGGAUUCUAGAUUUGAAGCUUCCGUGACUGCAAGGAUUCAUACCAUUUGUUUUUUUCGGUAAAGUCACGUGGGUAAAAUAAAAUAAAUGAACCCAGGAGACGACGCUCGGCAUCGCGCUGAACUCGGCGAGCAGGUCGUUGCUUUUGACUUCUUGUCUCGUUGUCUGUUAAAAAACUACGAAAGCUUCAAAUCUAGAAUUAAUGCCCUCUACGGGGAGGAAUUUCACUUAUCUGUUAGAGUUUUUAACAGACGAGUCAAGAAGUCACAGCAACGACCUGCUCGCCGAGUUCAGCGCGACGCUGAGCGCCGUCUCUUGGGUUCAUUUAUUUUAUUUUACCUACGUGACUUUACCGAAAAAACCAAAGAGUAUGAAUCCCGAGGUGGAGUUGACCUGGCAUUACUCGAGACGUAUACUUCAUUUGCGCAACACCUACAUUUGCUGCGUUGAUAUCCUGUAAUUUAUUUCCCGAUGUUUUUAUAUGCUUUUUAUUUGCUUGGCUGCUAUGGUGCAACUUUCCAAAAUUUUAAAGGUUAACCAGCAAAUUACUCAAUUGGGAGUAUGUAUACAUAAUAAUAAUUAUUAUUAUUUGCUCACUACUCUGAAACUCGGCAGGACUCUCUUGAAAAAGAACACUGAGAUGCAGCGGGGCUAUCCUCGGUAAACCAGUGUAAUAAUCACAAAACUCUCUCGUUGCUUUUUAAACCUUCGUAUGUGCCAGUCAUUACACCUAUAUCAGCUCGCCCUCAAUUGAUCGAAUGGCAGUGUCAAAGCAAAUACAAUUGAAAAGUCGGUGUUUAUUAACGUCACAGAGAGCCAUUUCAUCUACCAACGUAUCAAGAAUGACCCCGUGCAGGAAGAGAGAAGGGGGAUUAAUCGAGAAUAAAACAUAAAAUAUGACCAUGCAGAAAUCAGUGGUGGAUUCUAGCCAUAAAUCAGUGAUGGAUCAUUGCCAGAGAAAAUAAAUACGUUAUUUUCUUUAUAUUCUUAGCUCUUUCGGUAAAGUCACGUUGAAGGGAAACAAUAAAAUAAUAAAAUAUA